UAUAGUUUUUAUUCUCAGGCAUCAAGUAGUUGCCAGCUGGUCAUCCUCUUCCCCUCUUUUCCAUUCCUUGUUUCUUCUCCCCCUUGUUCAUCAGUGUUUACACAGAAAUUAGAUUCUUUUUGAUCAAUGAAAUUCAUUUGAGUAGGGAAAAACAUACCCAUAGAAGAAGAUGAUGACAAGUAAAAGAGCAAAUGGUCUGGAAAAUGAAGAGAUCACUCGAUACAGCCGUCAACUCAUCCUUCCCGAAAUUGGUGUCCAAGGACAAUUGACUUUGAAGAAGACUUCAGUUCUCAUAGUUGGAGCUGGAGGACUUGGCUGCCCUUGUGCCAUAUAUUUGGCUGCUGCAGGAUUGGGUAAGCUUGGACUUGUGGACUAUGACGAUGUUGAGUUGAACAACUUGCAUCGUCAGAUUUUGCACACAGAAGAGAGGGUCAAUGUUUCAAAGGCUGAUUCUGCUGCCCAGUCCAUUUCCCAGCUGAAUUCCCUUGUAACUAUUGAGACUCAUCGCACUCAAUUGAAUAAGGACAAUGCAAAGGAUAUCAUUGAAAAAUAUGAAGUUAUCGUUGAUGCAACUGAUAAUGUUGCUACAAGGUACUUGCUGAAUGAUGCAUGUGUGCUGUUGAAGAAACCUCUGGUAUCAGGCAGUGCAUUAAGGUUUGAGGGUCAAUUGACAGUCUAUUCCCAUGAGGGUGGACCUUGCUAUCGCUGUCUCUUCCCAUCUCCUCCUCCUCCUGACACUGUUACAAACUGUUCUGAUGGAGGUGUCCUAGGAGUUGUGCCUGGUGUGAUUGGAACUUUGCAAGCACUGGAAGUGAUGAAGAUUGCUCUGAAAAUAGGAGAACCUCUGGUUGGACGGCUGUUAUUGUUUGAUGCCCUUCCCUGUUCCUUCAGAACAAUUAAACUUCGACCUAGGAAGGAUGACUGUCUUGUUUGUGGCAAAGCCCCCAAAAUCACACAGUUGAUCGACUAUGAAGAGUUCUGUGGAGCACCUGCAUGUGACAAGGAUGCUGGAGUGCAUUUGCUGGAGCCACAUCAGAGACUAUCAGUCCAAGCUCUCCAGGAAAUCUUACAGAGAAAGGAAAGGCAAAGGCAUUUGCUGAUCGAUGUGAGGUCAGAGAUUGAAAUGGAUAUAUGUGCCUUGCCUGAGUCAUUGAAUGUGCCCAUGUCCAAGUUGGAGAAUGCAGAGAGCAUAUCGAUGAUCUGUGCUGAGAUUGCUCAUCGUCAGAUCAAUCCUCAGCAGGAUCUACUACCGGUGUAUGUGGUGUGUAGGAAGGGCAAUGACUCGCAGAAAGCAGUCAAGCUUCUGGAGGGGCUGCUGAAGGAUAAAAAUAUUGAUCUCAAAGAUAUCAAAGGUGGAUUGCAUGCUUGGACAAGAGAAGUCGACUCUUCAUUCCCCAUUUAUUGACAACUCACAUGCAGUGACAAUAAAACUGAAUAAUUGAGCUUGAUUGAGGAUUGCUUGAGCUGAGUGAAUUUUCUAAAAUCAUUUACUAGGAAGUUAGA